AUGCUGCUGGUUAAGAUCAAGGGACCCCAACUGCAAAAGACGCAGGUCCAACCAGAAGCCGAUGCUGUUCUGGAACCUCUCAUGGAUCUUCUGGAAGGUUCGCUGAGACGAUAUGCAGAUCAGUGUGAAAAGACAGUGCUCAAGUACAUUCUCAAGGAGUUGUGGAAAAUAACAAUUGUGAAUAUGGAGAAGAGAGUUGUACUACCCCCUCUGUCAGAUAAGGCACUUCUCAAACAACUUCCAAAUGCAAAGAUCGGAGAUGUUACGAAGCUCAUGUCUACUAAUAUUCAAAGUAUCAAAGGAAUGAACUCUGUGAAGGAUAUGAUGGAUAUUGCUAGAGAAUCAGAGAAAUCGCUUACUCCGAAACAAUGCACGGCGCUGGAUUGUGCUUUGGAUGCUAUUANAGACAGUUUCCAUGCGUCUGGAAAGGGUUUGAAGAAGUCGUUCUUCGAGAAAUCACCGGAACUUCAAUCCCUGAAAUAUGCUCUCAGUUUGUAUACACAGACAACCGAGCAAUUGAUCAAGACGUUUAUUACAAGCCAGAGACAACAAGGUAAGAGGAAGAAGAUCAAAGGUUUAUUGAUUUAUCGAUUUUUUGUAGAUCUUCCAAGUCAAGAACAACCAGUUGGAGAGGUCAGUGUACAAGUCGAUUUAUUCAGUCAUCCAGGAACUGGCGAGCAGAAAGUCACCGUUAAAAUCCUUGCUGCCAACGAUCUCCGCUGGCAAACGUCAUCAGCAUUCAAGCCAUUUGUCGAAGUCCAUCUCGUUGGACCACAUCUCUCGGACAAAAAACGCAAAUGUGCCACGAAGAGCAAACCUGGAAACUGGGCUCCGAAGUUUAAUGAAACGUUUCAUUUCUUCCUCGGAAAUGAAGGAGAACCUGAGCACUACGAGCUCAUGUUCCAAGUCAAGGACUACUGCUUCGCCCGUGAAGAUCGCAUCGUGGGUGUUGGUGUCCUUCAGUUGUCGGCUGUCGUUGAUCAAGCGGGAUCCUGCGCAAUGUGGGUACAACUCGGUACUCGUCUUCACAUCGACGAGACUGGUCUCAUCUUGUUGAGGAUUCUAUCGCAACGACAGACUGAUGAGGUCGCCAAAGAUUUCGUCCGCCUGAAAACCGAAUGCCGUUACGAGACGGAAACCGUGAUGGCCGCAUCGGCUUCCAGUCAAAACAUCAAUAGAACGUGA